CUCAAGGAAAGCAAUGGUCCAACAGACUGCUAUGCUGCCAUAUCACAAGUAGAUCGACUGCAGUCAGAACCAGAGAGCAUUCGUAAGUGGAGAGAGGAGCAAAAGGAGCGCCUUGAGCAGCUUGAUGCUAACUCAAGAAAACAGGAAGCAGAAUGGAAGGAGAAAGCAAUAAAGGAGUUGGAGGAGUGGUAUGCCAGACAAGAUGAAAAGCUCCAGAAAACAAAAGCUAGCAACAGGGUGGCAGAUGAAGCUUUCUACAAACAACCCUUCGCUGACGUGAUUGGUUAUGUCACAAACAUAAAUCAUCCUUGCUACAGCCUAGAACAGGCAGCUGAAGAAGCCUUUGUGAGUGAUGCAGAAGACAUUUUUCCAGGCACUGAGUGGGAACGCGUGGCUCAGCUCUGUGACUUUAAUCCCAAGUCUAGUAAGCAGGCUAAAGAUGUGUCCCGCAUGCGUUCAGUCCUCAUCUCACUCAAGCAGGUUCCGCUGGUUCGCUGAAGGAAAGCACAAUGGAAACACUACAAAUGCAAUAUCUUAACCUUACUCAGAGAAGCUAUGUUUGCUGUAAUUGGAUUAAUUGUUUCUAUGUUUUUGUUGGACCAAACAUGAUGUAUCUAGAGCUGAUCAUUGUUUGAUUGCAUGUUCUUCCUCAUGUUGUCUUUGUUUUAAAUGAGAGAACCUCCUGAACUGUAGUCUGUGCUAUUUGCACUGAGAAGUCACUUCCAGCGUUACUGAUAUUAAAGAUGUGUUAAACUGCAAAA